AGCUUGGCAACAAGUGGCGUUUUCCUUCUUGUACUUCAACUAUUUGUUGCAGUUUUGUGCACUGCCUGUAAAUUUCUCAGUACACCUUUAUUUCGUUCUUGUUUUAGUGGUGAAUGAUGGAUGCCACGGCGAAACCUUUGCGAGUGCCACCUGAGAUUAGUGUAUAUGCAGAACAGCACGGGAUUUUUGAUUUAAUACAGAAGAUGGUGAGCAGUCUACUGACAGACAGACCUGAAGACCCCAUACAGUAUUUGAUAGAUAUGUUGAAGAAAAGCGGUGGUGAUGAAGUUCCAAGAAUUUUUAUUUUGGGUCCUCCUGCAUCAGGAAAGAAGACAAUUGCAAAAAUGUUGUGCGAUCAAAUCAAUGCUGUACUUCUAAAACCAGAAGACUUCUUUUUGGAUGAUGUUUCAGAAAGAGUGAAGGAAGCACUUUCAUAUAAAAUGUCAAACAAGGAAAUUCCCAACACGCUGUGGGCCAUGCUGAUCCAGGAACGGCUGUCAAAAGUGGACUGCUUCAAAAGAGGCUGGGUUUUAGUUGGAUUUCCCACAACUCGAGAACAAGCAGUGCUGCUACAGGAGGCCAGUGUCAUGCCCCAGCAUGUAGUUUUGCUGGACGCCCCAGAUACUGUCUUGAUAGAAAGGAAUCUUGGGAAAAGGAUUGACCCCUAUAGUGGAGAUGUGUACCACACAACAUUCGAGUGGCCAAGUGAUCCUAAUGUACAGAAGCAGUUAGUAAAACCUGACAAUAUAUCUGAGAAGGAAACUGCAAAGGAGCUUCUUGCAUACAGAAGACAUUACCAUGGAAUUUUUAACACUUACAACAACAUUUGUAAGACUAUAAAUGCUGAUCAGCCUUGUAUAGACGUUUUCUCCCAAGUGCUGACCUAUGUACAACAACAGCAUCGAUCUGCAGCCCCCUUCACACCACGGAUUCUGUUGUAUGGACCCCCAGGCAGUGGAAGAAGCCUGCAGGCAGCAUUAAUUGCUCAGAAGUACAGCAUUGUUAACAUUUGCUGUGGGCAGUUGUUAAAGGAAGCAGCAGCAGGUGAUACAAAACUGGGGGAACUCCUGAAACCCUACAUUGAGUAUGGACAGCAAGUCCCAGACAACUUGGUCAUCAAGAUCCUUAAGGACGGCUUGAGUAAUUUUGACUGCACUACUCGAGGCUGGGUGCUUCAUGGCUUUCCCAGGGAUGUAGAACAAGCUACAGAGCUGAAAGAUGCAGGGUUUGUCCCAAACAGGGUUGUUUUCCUGGAUAUAACAGAUGACGCUGUUAUGGAGCGCUUAACUUUGAGAAUGACGGAUCCAGUCACAGGAGAAAGAUAUCAUUCAGUCUACAAACCGCCCCCCAACCCAAAGGUACAGUCUCGUCUUCAGCGGAACCCAAAGGAUUCGGAAGAUAAUGUACAGCACCACCUGGAUGUGUAUCAUGCCAGUGUGUGGGAAAUGGAGAAAUUUUAUGAUAAUGUCAUUCAUAUCAAUGCUGACCAAGACCCUCACACAGUUUUUGAAUACAUUGAAAGCUGCAUUGUAAACCCCAUCCCUAAGAAAAUACAGAAGCCAAAAACAGCAGAGCUUCAUGUUUAAAGUGCUGGACUGUGAUACCUUGAGAACUAGGUUUGGAUCUCCCCAGCUCUCUCUUGUGUACUAUGCAACCCUGAACAAAUCAUUUAAAUUUCUUGUACUCCCAGGUAUCCCUUAUAAGUGCAAUAAAACUAUUACUGCAGAAUAGAAUAAAUAGUUGCAUCAUAAAACUUUUUAAUGUGAAAACUGCAUACCAAACAACCUACAUUAAUUACCAAGAUAAGUUGCAUAAUGCUUUAUUUGUAUUAGUUUUAUUCACUUCCAAAUAAAUUUUUCAUCUGUU